GCUGCAGCAGCAGCCGGCGGCGUCGGCGGCGGCUGUGGUAGUGGCACGAGCGUUGCGCGCGUCGCGGGGGUGCCUUCCUCUUCCCCACCACCCUUUCUUCUUUCUCACCCUGCUGCUUUGGCUUCGGACUGACGCCGCGAUGUCGACUAGUCGCACACGUCGUCCGCUGUCUCCGGUCCGCGGACGCUGCACCGACGCCGGUCGCGUGCCAGUCUGCUCUUGACUGAGUGAGCGGUUCUCCUCCCGCCAGCGGCUCGCUGAGCCCACCUGCGCUUCGCGCGUGCACGGCGAAGUUAACGCUGAGGCGUGUUACAACUGCUCGCGCCAAGAUUUUUCUGAAAGAUAUACAGAGACAUCCCAGCCCAGCUCUGGCAUGAACGUCGGCAUCACCUGGCCACCGGCUACGACGAUGACAGUGACUCAGCCGCGGUUCAACGCCCCUGCCGCCUGACGUAGCAGCUGAGCCGCCUGUCGAGGCAACCCCCACAUCGCACGCCGCGGCCUCGAUCCGAGGACUACGAGGCUGGGGCGCUCCUGCUCCGAGAACGUUGUGUGUGUUGGUAAUUUGAUCCUGUGUGUGCGCGGAUCCCGCUUCGCGGGAACCCCCCCGUGCAAGGCGUCAAGAUUGCGUCCUACCCUGCAUCCGUCGUGUCGGCCGCGUUCCCGUUCGCGGGCUUCGACUAUCGCUUUCCGUACGGAGCUCUGCCCCCUCCGGCGACGCCGAGGGACUCCGGCGCACCGCAUGGCAUCCCGUUGUCCCUCUUGGACCGUGGCCCCAUGGGCGAUCUGGGCGCGCGGUCGUCCAUCCCGCCGACCUCCGUCGGAGGGGGGCCCUCGCCGCUCCGUCCGGCGCCGCUCACGUCGGUACCUUCUUCGUCGUCGUCCUCUUCGUCGUCCGCCGACUCGCACGUCAAGCGUCCCAUGAACGCCUUCAUGGUGUGGUCGCGUGCCCAGCGACGCAAGAUCGCGCUGGAGAACCCCAAGAUGCACAACUCUGAGAUCUCCAAGCGGCUGGGCACCGAGUGGAAGCACCUGUCCGAGUCUGACAAGCGGCCCUUCAUAGAGGAGGCCAAGCGACUCAGGGCACUGCACAUGAAGGAGCACCCGGACUAUAAGUACAAGCCGCGCCGGAAGCCUAAGAGCAUGCUGAAGAAGGACGCACACCACCACCGAUUUCCCUUCGCCCUCCCGUACAUCCCGGGUCCGGGAGACUACCUCGGCCUGGCCGCGGGCCUGCCGCGCUCUCUCUUCUCACCGCAUCCGCGGAUCGCUAUUCCGUUUCCGCAGCACCCGGCAGCCAUGGCCUCGCUGCAUCAGCAUCAGCAGCAGCAGCAACAGCAGCAGCCGUCACCAUCACCGUCACCGUCGCAUGCGAGGUCCGCCUCUCCGAGGUCCUGCCACACGGAAGAGAACAACAACCGGCCGUCAUCGUGCGAUGACGUCGUCAUCGGCUCCGGUGGCCGCAAGCUGAGUUCUCCGUCCUCGCUGUUGGCGACCGCCUCCUCGUCGUCGCCCCCGGCAUCUUCGGCGUCUACAACCCCGACGUCGGACCCCGCGGCGCCCCCCGCGUUCAAGGCGUUCCUGCCGCCUUCGUACGCGUCGCCGUACGUCCCUACGACGUCGUCAGCCGCCGCAGCCGUUGCAGCAGCGUCGUUCUACUCAGCAGCUGGACUGUCAUACCUGAUGCCGUGCGGCUGCGGCUCGCCGUAUGCCGGAGGCGCGGCCGACCCCAACUGCCGGCAACACUUGGGGCCCGCGCCGCCAGUUCCGCCCGUGUCGACGUCGUCGUCGUCGCUGUUUGCGUUCAAUCCGUUCCUCAAGUCGGUCGAGUCCGGUCUGCCUCCGGGCUACGCGGGACACGCGGCCAUGGCUGCGGCGGCUGCCGCCGCGGCUGCAGCAGGCUCCCUGCUCGACGAUCCGCAGUCCAUGUCUCCGUCGGCGGCCGCCCACCUGCUCGGCCUCUACUCGUCACUGGCCAGGCCCAAACCGCACGACGCCCGGCUUGAGGCCUAGCGGUUGCCACGCAAUGAGCGCGCUGCCUGCAAGCCAGCGCGGAAACCGCAGCGGCAUCGUCACGGCGACAGAUCCCCGGAUGUGCCACAGCCGCGCGACGGACACGGUGACAAAGAGACAGUGAACACCUUCACAUAAGUGUGCGACACAUACGGUGGUGCGCGCGUUUUAUUUUACGUUAUCGUUCACAUUCCACCUUCGAGACGCGAAAUCCGCGACGAGGCUUGGAUCAAGGGAGCGCUGAGUACCGACGCGUUGAGUCAAGUCAAAGCCGUGUCUUAGAGUCGGCAAGCCUGUACAGAACUUCUUAGGAUAGGGAGGAUGAGGAGUGGUGUGACCUGUAUACGAUCAUAAGCGCAUGCGUCGUGUUUUUGGCAGACAGUGUUUCACGCAAUGAAUUGUUUCAACUGCGCCUGGAAGUAGCGGCUAAUUUAAGAUUCCUGUACAUGUACGUAGCAAUGAGAUAAGUCGGGAUAUGCUUGAAACUUGUGCCGUCUGUAUAAAACCGAGACGACGUGCUUGACAGUGGCUAGUGGUGGCUCAAGCUGAAAAAAAAAAGUACAUAUGUCUGUUGCUUAGUGUCCUCCUAACCUCUCUCUUUUUUUUUUCGUUUUGGUAAAGACGGCGAAAAGUGCUUCAUUGCGUGAAAGUUUGCUAGUAAUCAUUGUGCUAUAGCGUCUCGCCCGAUUCACUGUCCGGCCAUGCAGAGGUUGUACAUUGGGAGUUGGAAAAUUUUGUUCGAUCUAUAUGAUGGAGAAACUUCGACAGAAAUGCUUUUGGAUGCGUGUCGUUGACAACGCUAGAGUGUGUUGCGGUUCAGUUUUGGCUGUGUAAACACGCGUGCUCGAAUGUUGCGUGUGUUGAUUUUUAUUUGUUAUUUAUUUGCCGAUCAUCGUAUUGCGCUUAUCAUUGGUCAUUCUUGAGAGGUAACCAUUCUUGACUCACGGGCUUGUCGCAGUCAUUCUCCCGCACAUAACGUUUACGUGUGAGAGCCAACUUUGCAUCCGCAUGCCAACAUCAAAAGAUUUCAAGCCAGAAGUGUAACGUGGUCUGACUUAGGCCACGCCUUCGAGUCAGAGGUCAACUUUCUAGUCAGCAUUUCGCGGCACGCAAUCAAAACCCACCUAUAGGGUUUGGAAGUGUGUGUUUGUUUUAGUUAUCAUAAUUCCUGUUCGCCUCACGUAGGUACUGACUUUCGUGCGAGUGCGUGUGCAUGCAAUUAAAGAAGAAUGAGAGAAGUUAAAUUUGGUUUUACGCUAACGCAAGCUUGACAGAAUUCAGAACGUCACCACGCCCACAUUCGGUCUUGAGGAGUUAGUGCUGUCCAUCUGCGAACUGUUAAGACGCACUUAAUGUUACCAUACAGGAUACGAGAUCAUUGUGUAUACGAGCAGCGACAAAGGACAAUCGGAACUUCCGUAGUGACUCUUGUUCCUGCACAAGCGAACGGGAAAGUCGCUGUAAAUGCUUGCAUAAAUGUAUGCGACUCAAACCGCUGGCAACCACACCAGGCCUAUGGCAAUAGUGCUUAGAAUAGCCGGCGUUUCUUUAUCUCUUCAACAUGAAUGUCAAUUUCACACAUUUGGCGGUAUGCUCUGCGUUGCACUCUUUACAAUAGCACACGUGUGAUGUCGCAGAAAAAAAGGAAGAAAAAAAAACAAUUAGUGAGUGGCGUUAACGAUAGCUUUUCGCAGGAUUUAUUGAGCAGAAGCAAAAGACUUUCGAAACAGCUGACAUUGCGGCCGCUUUAUCUCAUGUACCGCAUAAUGCCAUUAACCGCCCAACAACUGUCGAUUGUUGAGGUCCAUCGCGGUUUACCGAAAUGGCUUACGUUGAAACUUGAACUCCGAGCCAGGCCUUUAAGUAGAGGGAAGCGAGUGAUAUGGUCAUAAUAUAUUUUUUCAGUUGUUGUGAGUAACUGUGCAAAAAAAUCAAGCAUAUUAUGAAUGUGGAUUGUUUAACUCCUGUGCAAAAAGCGAUGUAUCCACUCACCACUUUUACAAAAUUGCUGUGUGCGGGACACAAUAAAUAAAGGUUUGACAGAUAACUCAUGCUGAAGUUGAUUGUUGCCCAUAUAGAUGUAUAAAGUGUAUGCAUUGCCGCAAGGCAACAUGUCGCGAUUUUAUUUGUUAAGGUCAGAACGCCAAUUAUUCAUUCACUGAGAGUAACUGCUGUCACUUGUGCAAAUAACUGCAACAAUUAACAUCGUUUGGUCCAGAAAACCACGUGGAUCAUUAUAAGAACUUACUGCUGUGCUGCUAUCUUAUUUUAUUAGCAUAGGUCAACGUUAAUAUAUAUGAAUGUCCCGGUAAUACUCAAAUACGGUUUCACAUCAAUGAAAAUGAGAAGUUUUUAUUCCCGUUCAUUUCGGGCCACACAGAAUGCUUUUGUAGAAAAAAAAACACAGUCAAAUCGUAUUUGAAUUAAAACUUAAUUAGUUUAAUAAUUGUCUAUUUAGGUAUUGGUUUGGGGAACUAUCUACAACUGAAAGCUCUCUCAGGCGAAGCAAAACGCUACUGUAUGCUAUAUAUUACCUUUCCCGUGCUUAAAUCUAAAUUUUAAGGUAUAAAACUUAGUUUAGCUUAUAUGAUACAUUGGGAAUUACAGGGAUAUAUAUAUAUAUAUAUAUAUAUAUAUAUAUAUAUAUAUAUAUAUAUAUAUAUAAUGUACAGAGUAAGUCAGCGUUUACCUGUCUGCCUUUUAAAUGGGUAAUAUGACCUAAAAGCGUCAAUUUUUUUAAUAGGCCGGUUUGUGCUGUAAGGUUAUUUACGCUGUACCAUUCUAUCAAGCUUGCGUCAGCUAGCGAAAGUCAUCUCAACGAGUAGUCAUUACCAUCAGCUCGACUCGAAAUGAAUCGAAUGCAGUCAUGUGGUCGGCUCAUGUUUUUGCUGUGAUUGUAUCGCCACACUGCUUGCCAAAGGCUCAAAAGUGCCAUUCAUUCCAAUGGUGAAUAGUUCGCCUUCAUUUUCGCGUUAAAAGUUGUUUCUCGUUGAGCAAGCACGUGCAUUUGAGUCAUUAUUUCGUGGAAUAUCCGUCACUUUUAUUUCAAUAAAGAGAACAAUAAAAGAAAGGCAAAUAGUUUGAGAGAUUACCUUUGUUGUACAGUUCUAUUAGUGCAUCUGUUGAACUCUCUGGCGUGUGUUAUUAUUAUUUUUAGUUUUCUUUCUUCAUAAUACAUAGUUCUCAAUAAAUGGUUUUACCAACUGCCUUUCA